GCGAGACCGGAUUUUCUCUCCUCAAGCAGAAGUGCACUCUGAUAUAGGAUUUGCCAGUCUUUUACAGGGGUCACCUGGGGGUUAUUUUGAAGGUAAAACACACUACAGCCUAAUGGGAAUGUCUUCUUGACUGUAUUUUAGUCAACUUUGUUAAAAAUGGGAAAAUACUGACAUUAAGCAUUUGACAGGCUGAACUCUGUUUUGUUUGAAUGUGUACUUAAAAUACUCUUAACUGGUUGAAUCUAUUACUUAAUCUGAGACAUGUCUGUAUGUUUUGGCUCUGUCUGUAAGUACCUCUCCUAGCUUUAUUUAAUUUGGUUAAGGAUUGUUUUAAUCAAUCAAACCUUUACAAUAACAAGGGCAGUGGAUGAGGGGUGCUGCUUUUUGUGUUGAUUUUCUUCAUGUAAACUGACCCCUUACUAUUCUUAGAUAUGACUUGGUGGGCUUGUACCCCGUUUGAAAGGAUUAAUGUAGAUAACAGCUGCAGCAGCUUCAGGUCCGUUGGAAGGGCAUUGCUGCGUUUCUAAAUUGCACUGAUUUGAGUGUCAGUAGCAUAUGUGUACCAUAUCCCCUGUCUGGAUUCAAUAACUUGCUUGUGCCUAUAGAGUAAAAAGUUGUGCGAAGACUUAAUGUAUCUACUUGUAUGCUCAAGACUAAUAUGGGUUUUCUGUGUGGGGUCAGAUCCAGCCUCAGUUAGAACCUGAUAACAGAUUGAGGCCCAGAGAAGGUUGAGAUUAGUUCGAAAUACAACACUAUAUUUACCAAAUAUCCCAGCUCUCAAGUGUCUAUACUCAUGUGUCAUCUUUAUAUCCAAAUUUAUAAUAAGAGACCAUUUUAGUAAAACAUUAACAGCUCUAUUAAUAUGAGCUGAAUCUAAUGCUCCAUACCAGUACAACAUUCUAAUCUGCCCUCAUCAUAUCGGUGAGAUCAUGAAUAAGGAUCAAACAAAGACACCCUGGCCAUGAAGAGAGAAUCUUUAUAAUUAUGUACACAAAGAAAAAAGGCUUUGACAAAGUGAAAUGAUCAACCAAUGAAUGAACAGACUCAUCGUAUCACUUUCAGGUUGUUUGCUGUUUUACAGAAACCUUUGGGUUUCAGUUUGAAUCUUGUCAAGUUAAUCCAGCCAGCAGAGCAAAUCAAUGGUUGACUUUAUUUUAACCAAAUGACUCUAGUAUUUUGUGUUUUGAUAUGCUGAAAAUGACCAUAAUGCUGAAGAAACAGUGUCAAGUUGUUUUUCAGUCCAAGCACUUUGAAGGAGUUCAAUGUAACUGAAUCCUUUGUGGUCAUUUCCACAGCAUGCAAGAGCCACCGUCCCUGUCUCAGGUUUUGAGAGACAGCUAUCUGGCAGAGGCAAAAGCACGCCAGGGCAAUGGCCACCCAGAUGCCCCCUCCUCACACCUUCAGUUCCAUGGAUCACUUAAAGGCAAGGUGGAUGACUCUUUGGGCCACAGUGACACCACGUUCCCAGACCUCUCAGCCUUCCUCAGUCAAGAGGAGCUGGAUAAGAGCGUGAACCUGGCCUGCCAGGCCAUCAGGCACGGGCCCCAAGAGGACAAGGCAGAGAGCAAGGCUUCUAUUACACCAUUAACCCUUCCAAACAUUUCCCCAGCACUGGACUCCCCCUGUGAACCCCCAUAUGUUUCACUGGUUAACCAUUCUUCUGCUCCUUUUGCUGAUCUGGCCUCUGUGCCCUUGGCCCAUCCAGCUCCUGAUUACAAAGACCUGCCAGCAACACAUGAAACAUGGACAUCAGACAGAAAAGUGUUGAAAGCAUCCACAAGGGAGGAAGAUAUAAUCAGGAACAGCAGAGACUCCAACGAAGGAUUCAAUGACUUUACUGGGUCAGUGAGGAAUGCCUCAUAUGGUCCGGAGACCCAGUCCAAGAAGGAGUUUCUCAACAAGGCAGCAGACUUCAUAGAGGAGCUCUCCUCUCUCUUUAAGGCUAACAGCUCCAAACGAGUGCGGCCAAGGGCAUGCAAAACCCACAGAAACAAGAACCAGAGCAAAAGCCAGAGCGAAGACACAGUUUUCCCCCUCAGCAAUGAAAACAGGGAACGCGCUGCCAUGCCCACAGCAGUGAAGACAGAGAGAGCCAGCCCCACAACAAGUUACCCACCAGAAGUCCAGGUGGACCCUGAAAGUGGGCACGGGGAGUGUCAAGACUGCAGGAUUAUUGAAAAGUUCAAGUAUAAGACUUUAUCCCAGGAGGUAGAGGCCGACAGCUCUGCUGCUACUGAAACCAUACAUCUAGAGCCCAUGUGUGAGCCUCCUCAGUUUAUCCAGAAACUGAAAAGCAGAGAGGUUCCAGAAGGCAGUAAGGUCCAGCUAGACUGCACUGUGAAAGGAUUACCAAUGCCAGAAGUCAGGUAGGGCUGACACCUUUUUAUAACACAUUUUGGCCUUUAUCUGUAUGGUCAUAUUUCCAUUUCCAAAGCCUUUGGUCUGUAUAUGUACAGACACCACACAAACCUGACUCGUGGUCCCAUUUUUCAACUUGGUCUGCUCUGAUAGCCAAUGUGUUUUUUUAAGACUUCAGGCAUCAAAAUAGCGUAAGCUUUAAGGGUAUCACAGGGUGUAUUCUCAGUCUUUAUUUAGCAUCUGUGUUAGUGACUGGGUCAGACACUUGAAGCUCUGAGGGAAUCUUCUCUCUGGUCCAGAGGGUAAACAGCACAGACAGGUGCAGCAAGCUACUCAUCAGAGACCUCUACUACUCAUGCUUUUAAUACAGACCUCUACUUAAUCAGAGAUGAUGUGACGUGCCGCAGACAGACCACUGACAGUCCACUCUGAUCUAUUUUUGGCAUCAGCUGUAAAGCCUCAGUGCAGGUUUUCCCUGAGGGUACACAAGAACUAACUUUUGAUACACCAAUGGAAACAGAAACCUUUAUCAAAGUGAGGAGGUGUGGUUGACCCCAUAGGUCUCACAUCACAGUACCAUCUCAAUAAUCUGUGUUAAUGUCGAGGUCACAUUCAUGUCUGGUGGCUUGUAGACAAGAGUACAAACACGAUUGGUUAAGGAUGUGAUCUUUUCUUUGACUAAGCUAUUAAAUGCUGUCAUCCUUGCUGGUCAGCACCAGAAUAACCUGUUGGUUCAAUAAAUAAUUCAUAUUGUGAUUACAGUAAGCUCAAAAUAUCAGUUCAUACGUCAAGUCAAAGCUGUAGUGCAGCCACUCACUGUGGUUGGAUGCUGUAAUGCUCUUCUCAGAUGUAAAUAAGCAAAGACGCCCAACUGAAUCUCAUUCUGAGACAACUUUUCUGCAGUGCUGUGGUCUAGAAAUGGAGAUCAACUUGUAUCUGGUGAAAGUGGCUUAUUGCCACUUGCUUGGAGCAAUGUGUCCUGCACAGGUAUGAUAUUAACCUGCACUAAAGGAGGACUAAAGGUUGGUGGUGCCAGCUCUGCAAAUGUUUACCACACCCUGCAAACCAUUCACCAAACGAUCCCAUUUUUGACCACUUUUUAAACUCAACUUGGACUUUUUCCUGACCUUCAGACUAGUCCGUCAGUUCAAAUGAAAUGUCCACUGAAAUGAGGAGGACAUGAGUCACCUCAGAACACUCCUGAUCAUGAUGCAUGAUCAUUCUGUAGCAUGUGAUUUACUUACUGUCAUCUCUCCUAUCUCACCAUCUUUCAUCAUUUUGUCCUUUGCGUAAGAAACCUCAGUUUGAAACACUUUAUAUAAAGACCCUUGUAAUAAGCAUUGAUUAGUCAUUAUAAGGACCUGUGUUGAUAAACUUAAUAAAAGCAUAAUAAACACAUUUGGAAUCUUGUACAUAACUUUAAGACCAUUUAUAAAUUUAAUGAGAAGUUAUUUGAAAUGAAAAGGACUAGAUGAUGAAGGCUUUAUGAGGAUUACUGUGUCUUCAGUAAUGCACUUAUUAACAGCUAACAAUACUCCUUAGCAGCUAUUAGAUGUGAAGUGGGAAUAGUGUCUUCAUACAGGUGAUCCAUGAGGCUGGUGAAAGUACUUCUCAUAAAAAACACAGCACAAGCCCAGUUUAGCCUGCUGCUGUGGCCUCCUGUUUACAAGGAACAGACAGAUUGUUUUUCUCUUGACCUAAUUAUUCUACCUGGCACCAUGUCAAAUGCACCACCAGCAAAGAUACCACAAGGUGCUGGCCUCAUUGAAACAGUGUCAGACAGUUACAUGAGGUAAAAAAAAAAAAGGAGGCUGAAAAUGCAGAUUUGAAUACUUGAAGAAGGGCAGGAGCCUUAAAAAACCGCACCAAAGUAAUAGUUUGGUCUGAUUACAGGAGUACCAGUGAAUGUGGAUGCAGUUAAGUGAGCGAAUGUGUUGGGUUGGUUUUCAACCUUCUGGACAGAGUAGUAUGAAUAAAAACAGUCCAGCAGAUGUGUCAGUCCAUGCAAAUAGUCAAAGGGUAAUGAUGGAGCAACUGUGCAAUGAUUGUGAAUCUCUGAUCUGAAGUCAGAGACCAGCAGGCAGAUUUAUCAUGAGAGGUGGUGGACUAUACGAGUGCAGAAGUGCUUGUGUGCAAAUGUGCAAAAGUAAAAGCACUUGUGCAUUAUUAAUGGUCAGUAAAGUAAGUUAUGGAGGGUAUCUUAGGUGCUGCAGAGCUGCUAUGGCUUUGGGAAUAAAGCCCCCUACUUCUUGCCAGAUGGGAGCAAUUCAGAUACACGGUGAAAUGGAUGAGUGGGGUCCUUGCAGAUCCUGACAGCCUUCCUGGGGCAGUAUGAGGUAUAAUGUCCCCAUGAUUUUCUGUGCAUUGGAGACAACCUGCUGGAGAGCCUUUCUUUCUGCUGCAGAGCAGCUGUGGUACCACAUAGAGAUGCACUGAGUUAAGAUGUGGAGCAAUGAUAUAAUAAUACGAAGCCAUAAUAACUUUUAGAUAAUCCCAGUUUACAAUGAUUCAGAGCAGAUGAUGAAAUAGCGACUGGGCAAAAACUGCUUUGUUACUGCUAACAAACUGCUAAGUUACUGUUCAAUUCUGGUGCAUGUGAAGUACUAUAAGAGCCAUUAAAGGUGCAGUCAGUUAAAUCAGGAUAUGAAGCUGUAAAAUUGUAGACUGGAACACUUCCUCCAAUCCCUGCUGUUGCUGAGACAACAGUUGCCAUUGAGGACCAAAAGAGAUAAACAUAAUAAAGAUGGCAUCACCUACAGCAGAUGCAAGUGAUUCAACUGUUUCAGGUGAUAAGGUGGUGAUGUUUUUUGGUAUUCUAUCUAGAUAGCUUCAGUUUGUAGCUCAGUUCAGAGAUAUUGAUCAUGAGUUUUUUCAUUGUUUUGGUAACACAAGCUGACAUCAGCAAAAAAAAAAAAAAAAAAAGUUAAAGCUACAGUCUCUGACAUACAGCAGAAUUUCAUAUAAAAAAAAUAAGAUUUUUGUAAAUAAUUUUCUUACAACAAUGAAGUGUCAUUGUCACAAGAUAAGGGCCAUAUUGUCACAAAAAAUAAAGUCAUGGAAACUCAUAAUAUGAGGAGAAUAAAGUCCUCGUGGUGUGAGACUACAGUCUUGAUAAAGUGGUAGUUUUGGUUCACGGUGAGCAGUCAGCUGUUUGAACCAAAACCAGGACAGUGGAGCAUCUGGUUUAAGUGUCUCUUAUGUUUUGUCUCCUCAGAUCCACAUUGUUUUAAUGAUCAGGACUGACACUGAAGCUGAGAUGUACAGUAUACCCCUUCAAAACAGCAUCGUGAGGCUAAAUGAUGGUCAGCUCUGAGUACUGUAGUUUGUUAGAGGACAAUGGACACUCCGCUCUCCUUUGUCCCUUCUGAAUUACUGUAGAAAGCAUGGCAGUGUGACAUGGCAACUUCCAGAGUGAGGGCCUGCUGCUUCUACGAUAUAAAAGACUGUGCAAAGAUGAUUUUGUACAAACAUGAUAACAGAUUUUAUCUUGAUAUUUGUUAUUUGUUCAACAAUUUGUGUACCUGAGACACCGUGCACAUGUGUAAACAAACAUCACAGGAUGUCAUUCACACAAACUUUACAGGUUGCGGCUAAUACAAAAUGAAUACAAGUGUCCAUUGACCACUAAAUGCUUGAUAAAAUAACUGAAGUAGCUUGUCCUCUUUUUUAUUGCAGGUGGUUUUGUGAGGGCAAGGAGCUGAAGAGUAGUCCCACCAUUCAGCUGGUUACCAAUGGAAACCUGCACUCUAUGAUCAUCGCAGAGGCCUUUGAGGAAGACACUGGACGCUAUUCUUGCUUUGCAUCUAAUUUCUAUGGCACUGACUCCACAUCAGCGGAGAUCUAUGUUGAGGGUAUUUCUUAUUUGUUUUUUAUAUCAACAGUGACAGGUGAAAUAUGGGUCAUUCAGAAUCACCAGCAAGAGCAACAGCUAAGACAAUAAUGGAUGAGCUUGUUGGAUCAUCCACCCCCCUAAAACCUGAGACCAUCUUAUUCUACCUUAACUUAAAAAAAGGAAAUGUGCCUCAUUCCUCAUUUGCCUGAUUUUCUGCAAUGGUGGCCACAUCUACAAAACUUCCUAAUAGCUUAGUGCAGUUACCUUCAGUUUAAACUCCAACAUACAGCCCUCUGUAUGAAAUACUGUCAGUGAUUGAGUCUGUGCAUGUGUUUCACCUGACAGGUGCCUCCUCUUCAGACUCUGAUGGGGAACAUCACUUCACACACCUAGCCCAGUGAGUUUUUAGCACACUGCCAUUUCAGAAAUAAUGUAUAUGCGCCUUUGACCUUAUUGUGACUUUGAGCAACACCUGUGAUUUCUGUAAUUUCCCAAAGGGUGCAGAAGAAAUCUUUACCCCUCUCAUCUAGCCAAACCCUCUCUGCAGAGGCAGGCUGUCUAGCGUCAGUCACUGACAGACCCUCUGGACAGCUCUCCGCUUCAUCAGUAAACCAACUAAUCCCAGAGACUCCUCUUCCAGUCCAGAAAACAGCCACCAUACUUCUAGUCCCAGAACUGUCUAAAACACCUGCAGCAUCCAAAGCACAUCUCUCCCAGAAGAAAGAGGAGGAGGAGGCGGAGAUGGCUUCACCACCGCUUUCCAUUUUGUUUCCUGGUGAUGCAGAACUUUCAGAAGUCCAGGAUGUAUCAACACCAUCCCCAAUGCCAACAGCUACAGAGGUAGCUUCAUCACUGCCUUUAAAUUCAGCAACAUUGCCGCCUAUUCUGCCAGCUCCAACACAGACAUGCCAGCCUGAGGUAGAAAAGCUGUUUAGCUCUCAGUUUUUCUUGUUGAUUAUUUCAUCAUUUUCAACAAUGUUUUCUUUGAAUUUUUUGGUCCUCAGAGUCAAACCUCCAAUAACAGCUAUAUACCAGGGAUGAAUGGCAAACCCGAACUGGCUGCCCCUGUGUUUACAAAGGUAGGGUAACCCUAACAGGGCAUCUAAUGCCACUGUCUGUUGUCUUAACUGGUUUGUCAUGCAGCAUGUCUCUUCCGACAAGAGCCUGCAGGAACUCCUUGCAUCAGAGGGCCAGCUGGUGGUGCUAGAGUGCCGUGUCAAAGGGGUGCCGUCACCCAAAGUUGAGUGGUACAGAGGGGGGAAACUCAUAGAGGACUCUCCUAACCUUCGGAUUCUCCAGAAAAGUAAGUCUUACUGUUGCUGCCCCAGACUCCAGUAAAAGUCAUUGAGUUGAGCUCAUCAGGUUCCUCCCACAGCCUCAAAUACACUCAUUAGAUCUUGCAGUUUUAGCUUUUACAAGACCAUUGGUGUAUAUACAGUAACCAUCAAACGAUAACUUUGUAUUAUAAAGCCUGUUUAUAUCAGGGUCUUGUUGUACUAUAUAUGACUUGCCUGUUAAGAAAAUGUCAAAGCUAACUGUAAGAACAUCUUUGAAAUGCAAGAAGUGAAUGUGAGUAAUCUUACACCAGUUUAUUAUCAAUGAUCAAAUCUGUAUCUGUCAUCUUUAGUUGUUGAUCGUAGCUUCCUCAUAAUUUUGUUUCUGUUACAGAGCCCAGAUCUCCAGCUGAAUCAGGUAAAUACUUUGGUAACACUUUACUUGACACCUAUCUCUAUAACCCCUUAUAAUAUGUGUAUAAUGUGUUAUAAUCACGUUAUAGCACUGUAUAACUAGCAAAGAGAGAGAGCCUUGGACACACAUAGUCUGGACCAGCUGCCUUCCCAGAGCAAAGUUUUCCAAGCUCCAUCCUCACCCCUGUUUCGGUGACAGACAAGGACUGGUGUUCUAGGAGGGAGGCAGUUGAAGUGGUUGAGACAUUUGAACAAGAUGGAGGAGGAAGGGGAGAAGUUGUAGUGGAGAUUUGUAACGGAGAGGAAGGUGGAUUAGCAGUUGAAGUGGGUGUGACAGCAGUGUCAAAUCUGUUGAAGAACAGGUUGAGUUCAUCAGCUCUUCUCACAUCACCCACCACUGGCUGUCUUUUCUUUUCAUUGUUGUGUCCAGAGAUGGUACUGAUUCCUCUCCACACUUCACGGAUGUUGCUGUGUUGUAGAUUCUUCUUUUUGUACUUCAGCUUUGCCAUCUUCAGCCUCCUCUUCAACUCUUUUUGCACUGUUGUUGAGUCCUUCUUUGUCACCAUCUUUAAAAGCUUUCUUUUUCUGGUUAAGGAUUGCUUUUAUGUCACUUGUGAUCCAGGGUUUGUUGUUGAGGAAAACAGCGAACAGUCUUUGUGGGUAUAACUGUGUCUCUACAGAAGUUGACAUAUUCAGUAAAGCAGUCAACCUGUUUGUCAAUAUUCAUACUGUCCUCAUCUGUUUCCAGCAGCACAUUCCAGUCUGUUGAUUUAAAAUAGUACCUUAGAGCUUCACUGGCUUGAGGUGUUUAUCUUCUGAUUUUGACUUUGAUCACAGGCUGCCUCAGCACACAAGGUCUGUAACUAUACUUAUACAGUGCUAUAACGGGAUUAUUUUACAUUAUCAUUUUACAUAUAUUUAUAAUACAUUAUAGAGACAGGCGUCAAGUAAAGUGUUCCCUAUACUUUUUUAAACCCUCUGUCAAAAACAAAGCACUGAACUUGCCAAAGCAGCUGCCUGCUCUUAAAUGCAUAUAGGGGGAGACUGGUUAUGGUUCUUCUAACAUUUUUGCUUCAGGACCUUUUUUUUUUUUUUUGCAAAGUGCCUACAUUUGUGUACUAGGCUACUAAAGAAGUUAAUUUGAUCCUUUACAAAAAUAUCAUUAACCUCAUGAGUUCUAUUGAAAAUAUAAUAAUAAUAAUAAUAAUAAUAAUAAUAAUAAUAAUAAUAAUAAUAAACAGUCCUGAUUUGAAAAACCCCUCUCAUACCUUAAAAAUCUUUCUUUUUUCUCAUCUGUUUGGAACAUUAAAAUCACCAAGUGAAUCAUAGGACUUCUGUGUUAACCUGUUUGAAGGAAAUAGUGGUGUUACAACCAUCCCUGGUCUCCCCUAUUGCACUGCUCAAGUAACUUUGUUGCAGGACUAAUAUGAGCCUUCUGCUCUUCUUUUAUGAGUAAGCCAGUGCUGCUUCCCCUGACUCAGGACCUUAAAAGGUAGUCCAUCUUUCUGUGGCAGAUCACGUCGACCUGCUUCAGCUUCAGGGUGUGCUGGUGUAGCUUAAAUGAUCAACAAACCUCACAGCUGGGCGAGCAGUAAAGAAGCAGUCGUGUCCUCAGUGCAUUUACUCUUUAACAAGCUGAUUAGUAAAACUGAUGAUGAGUCAUUAUGGAUCCAGCUCUGUUAUUAUGUGAGCAGCUCUUUUUCUCACCAUUACUUUUAGAGGAAAUAUGCACGCUGGUCAUUGCAGAGGUCUUUCCUGAAGAUUCAGGAACUUUUACCUGUACAGCAAGUAACCAGUAUGGCACCAUUACAAGCACUGCUGCACUCAGAGUUACAGGUAACAAUCUUUCCCACAAAUCAAAUCAACAGCUAUUAUUCAAACAUAUGAAAGUGCAGUGAAUUGGCUGGCAUCUCUUUAUCUCUCAUCAGCUAGCAGCAGCAACAGCCACCGUGUAAGGUCCUUCAGCAGUGUCUCAGUGGAGCCUGGCCAAAUCCAAAACCUUUCCCCUGCAGCUACCACUGCUAACCGACAGCCGGAUGUUAGCACAGCACACACCACCAAACCCCACUCAAGGAACAUCGUCCUAGACCCUUUCAACACAAGCACUUUACAUCUGGAGCCCUCCAAUGACAGAAGCUUUUGUCUGGACCCCAACAGCUCCAGCAUGUUGGGUCCAGCGCCAGAGAGCAGCAGCCAGGUGCUCUUAUCCAAAAAAACUUUGACUGCUCCAAGUGCAGUGUGGAAUUCAGCUGAACAGGAGGUUUACAAACCUUUAGUGACAUCCCUAAACACGAGCCCUAAUGUUGAGGAAACUCCAGACCGUAAGAAUGACAAACCCAGCAUUAUCCCACUCCCAGAUCCCCCUCCGAAUUCGUGUCUAAAGACGGGCACGCUCACAAACCGGAGACACUCACGCUCUAACUCCAGAGCUGGUCUGCGUGUGCACUUCAAACUGCCUGAGGACGAACCGAGUGAUAUAUCCAGUCAGUCUGAUGAAGACAACUCUCAGAUUUCAGUCAGCAAGGAACCCCCUCCAGUGCUGGCUAAACCCAAACUGUGAGUAGAGAAAAUGAAGAGUGUAUGCAUGACUUUCAGAUAUUUCAGAGCUCUGAGACCCACUCAUGUUUUUCACAAUGGUUUGCAAUGGUGUCACAUUUAAGUAAGGAAGUUUAGCAGUUCAGCUCAGAUUAUUGUGGUGUGUCAAAGUUAAGUGUGCAGGCUGGGAGGGGGGAGGUUCCUUUAAAGCAGAGUCAACUCUCUGCUGUUCUCAGCUGCAACAACCCAUAAAUGCAUGCAGACUUGAAAUGUGGAAGUCCCGUCUCUCUAGCAGAAAGGAUGACUUUUUCUCUCUGUAAGUUGAUUUAUUUGCAUUUAUGCUCGUCUGAUGUAAUGGAUGUUUAUCUUAAGUCCUUAUUCAAAUAUAGUGAAUGAAUGCAAGUUUGCUAGGUUACCUGCUUAUGGUCCUUUUUUUUAAAACUUUUAUUCAAAUACAAAGCUGAAAAUGGUAAAUCCUCUGUUGUGUGUAGCCUAAAUCUGAGCCUAAGUUAGUAGUAUUUGUACUUGAACGGAUGGAAGCUGAGAUGGAGAAAGUGGACAGUGUUUGUUUUUUUUCGACUUCUUGUUGGAGGUCCAUAAAAGGGCAGAGUAUUUUGUUUGCUGACUUUGGCUCAUCCCUGCUGGCUUCACUGAAUAGACAGAUCUUCUGCCAAUGGAGCCUCUCUCCCUUUCACCUUGUAAGUUUUGGUUUGUGAGGCUUUGUUUUUCAUUUCAGGGACCCUGUCCAGCUCCAGCUUCUGCACAACCAGGUCCUCAUGGAACAGCAGCAGGAGACUGACCAUCCAACCCAAACUCAUAUUCAACCUCAAAUCCAGCCCCCAGUCCAGACCCAGCCUGAAGUCCAAAGUGUCAGAGAGGGUCUAAUGUGGUCACCCAGCAUACAACAUGAGCCCCCUCUGCAGUCAUUCCAGCCCUACCCGAACACCACUACAACCCCAAAGCAGAUGCCCAACUCUGCAGCUUCCCUCACCAGCUCCUCUGCUCCUCCUCGGGGUUCUGCUCCUACACCAAAAACCACCUUCUCAGAUAUUUUCAGCAUCUCGCCAUCUACUGUCUCAAGCCCCCCACCUUCAUUUCCUCAGCUUAAGACUUCCAUGCUUGUGACAUCCCCUCCACCUACCCCACAGCUGGCAUUAACUCCUCGUAGUACAGCUCCUGUAACCCAGAUUAACACCAUUCACGCUUCCCACCUCAGCCUCUCCCCUGCAGCUCUUGCACUUACCACCACAACACGCCACUGUUUCUCCCCACCUGCACCAAAGCUCAGCACAGGCUCUGCAGAUACAAUGACAAACUUACAGCAUGUUACAUCUCCUACUCCUCUCCUGAGAAGCACACACGCCUCCCUCACAAACCUGACUGCCACCUCCCACACAUUCAACUACACCAGACCGAAGGAGUUCAUAGCAGCUCAAACCUUCUCACCGGUCAGGAGUCCUUCUCCUAUUGAAUCACCAGUCCCUCUCCUUCAGGAGCUAGCUGCGGAGCUGAACUCCUCUGCAGCCAGUUCCCCUACACUCCCACCAAUGUCCCCACCUCCAGGACACUUCCCAGUGAGGGUGCUACAGUCUCCCACCAGCCCUCCAUCCUUUAUGACCUCCACCCCACCAGGGCCAGCAUCGUUCCUGAGCAACAUGUUCAGCACACCUGCCCAGCUACCCCCAAAGGCCUCCUCUCCCAUCUCCAGCAGCUCAACACCCAGCCCCAUUCAAAACCCUGUCGCAUUCCUAAGCUCGGUCCUGCCGUCCCUUACAGUACUGCCCACUAACUCAAUGGGCUUACCCAGGGGAGCUCCUUUAGGGUACGCCAUAUUUGAUGGACAAAAAUGUACAUAAGAUUAUUGAGCUGUUAUAAUCUAAUAAGGGUUUUCUUCCAUCUCACCAGGCUCCAAAAAAAGGCCCCAAAGACACGAGUCCAAUCAGCUGAAGAUGUUUUUGAAAGCAGAGAAAUCAUUCUCCACAACAUUGAGAAAAAGCUCCAAAGCUCAGUAGAUGAGGCUUUAAAUGUUUCACAUCAGCAGGUACUGAUACUUUAUUCAGUAAAUGUGUGUGUGUGUGUGUGUGUGUGUGUGUGUGUGUGUGUGUGUGUGUGUGUGGAUCAUGACAGAGUAUCAGGGCCAUACUAAAGUUUUGAAUUUAGAAUUUCUGUCAUUUCCUCGCAAGAAUAUAGUUGUGACCAAAACUACUACUUUAUCAAUCCUUUAUUCUUACGACAUAAAGACUUUAUUCUUCUUAAAUUAUGACGUAAAACUCCUGUGAGGAACUUUGUGUUUGUGUUGACUUUGUCACCCCUUGUGGACAAAGUGUAAACCCUUAUAUUGUUGCUGAUUUUGUCCCAUCCUUGGUGUUUAAUCACUGAAAGGUGUGAAGUCAGUGUGAAUAUUGUUUUGAUAAAAAUUAACUAAGGCUGUUUUUUCAGUAAACCACCCCCCAGCCCACCCACCCACUUCAGUUACAGGCAUUAAAAAUUACAUUACAGAUGCUCUCAAUCUUGUCAUCAAUGGUCUCAUCUGUUGUGGUACAUCAUAGAGACACAACACUGUUGACCUCAGCCUGUUUCAUACCAAAUCAAACAUUCCCCACAGGAGCUUUAACUAUAAGACUUUAUUUUUGAAUCGAUAUGACUUUAAUUGUGAGGAUUUUUUUUAAUUCUUUAAAAAAAACUUAAUAUGGCCAUAAAACUCUAUGGGAAAGUAUGUAUAUAUAUAAAUAUAUAUGUAUACACACACACACACACACACACACACACACAUAUAUAUAUAUAUAUAUAUAUAUAAUAUAUAUAUAUAUAUAUAUAUAUAUAUAUAUAUAUAUAUAUAUAUAUAUAUAUAUAUAUAUAUAUAUAUAUAUAUAUAUAUAUAUAUAUAUAUACUAUAUAUAUAUAUAUAUAUAUGUAGGUGUAUAGACAUUUGGAAAUCAUAUAUGUAGUCUUUGCAUUCUGAUUUGUCAUCUCUUAUUUCUUUGAAAUAAUACCGUGGUACAGCACUUUCAUCAUCAGUUAUCAGGUUGGUGAUAAUUGCUGAUUAGUGUUUGAUUAAAAAAAAUAAUAAUAAUCCAACUAUCUAAAAGCAACAUAUUAGGCGUUGAAUUGAGGUCUUAUGUUGGAAGUGAACAUGUAGCCAAAUUGGUUUCUACAUUUAUGUUUUGUUUUUUUCUUUUUGACUGCAGGGCUACAAUGUUCAGAGAAUAAAGUAUCUAAAAUGACUAGCACAUGACAUGUUUAUUUCUCUGGGCUUAGCUCUUUCAAAAGGAGUUCACUGGAUUCUGUUUGUGUUUGAUCCAUCUCAGUUCUUGUUACAGUCCUGCUCAUAAAGGUAUAAGUGAUCCCUAAUUUUCAACUGACAAACAUCUGAAUCCUGUUUUUCUUUUUCUGUAAAGGAUGACUCUAACCUCACAUUCAAUAAUGAAAUUGCUGCAUCUUCAGCCGUUUCAGACAUUUUUACACAUUUUCAUUUCCAAGGGACAGAUUUUAUAAUAUUUAAACUCAUAAAAGUGCUUCAAUAUCAGAAACCUUGGUCUUGAGAUCCAGAGAAAAAGGAGUCAUCACUCCUUGCAGGGUUAUUUUUUAGUAGCAUCUCUAAACUGAUUUUGUCAAUAUGCAGCAGGCUUGUUCCUUCAGCUGCUUUUUCAGUGUUAUUUCAUCCCUUUCCCAAUUUUUUAACAUGUUGCUUACAUCAAAUUUUAAAUGAGAACUUAUCUGUCACUAAACAACAAAAUAAACCAUCAGAAUCUAUUUUAUUGAUUUUUUUUUCCAACUUCUUAGGAAAUAGGGCUUCACUAUAACAACUUGUGCAUGUUUCGAUCAAUAGCUUGUGUGUUUCUCCAUCCAUAUACGUUUGUAUGUACAGUUGUGAUCUUAGGCAGUGUUCAUUAUCCAUCCCUAUCCUCUCAUAGAAGCUGAUUAACAAAGGGAAAACAGGGAGCAGACCUCUUGGACCAAACAUACCUGCUACUGUCAUUAACUUUGAUGAGGUACAAGGAUCUUUCUGUCCCAAGCAUUGCUUUGUUCAAGGAUGUAUGGGUUACCAACCUUUUAAUACCCUCUUACACUUAUCAAAAGACCUGGAUGAGUUCAUAUCUUUAAUCCAUAAUCCAUAAACCUACUAAUUAUUUAAAAAUGUUAGGAUUUUAAACAUUUUGAAUGAUUAAUCCACAGGCUAAUACAGCUAAAACUCUACUGUUGUUUAAAGCAGACUGCUAGCUUCCAGAGUCCAGAGUUUCCCCUGAUGGCUUAUGAGAGUUCAUCUCUGCUUCAGUUUUCUGGAGAAUUUAAAAAAAAAACAAAAAAAACAAAAAAGGAACAAAGAUCUGCAUUAUCAUCUCCAUUACUUUUGAGCUUGUCUCCAAAUCCCGUUUGUCAACUUUACAGCUCCCCCAGUUUUCAUUGCUAUCUGUUCUCAGGUGUACCCUGAGCUUCAUUUUGCUUGGUUGGAUGAGGAAAAUGCUUUACCAACACUAAGUGAAAAUCUGUCUGACAGCUGCAUGAACAUUAUAAAGUGGUUCAAAGGUACUUAGUGCCUUUCCAUGGUUUAUACAUCAGUGAGCUGAAGUAUAAACCAGCACUUUUCUGCAAAGAUGCAUGCUGUCUCUCUCUCUCCUAGAUACUGCACAUGUCUCUGAGAACAUUUGCUGCUUAUGCCAUCUUAGUACGAUGUACCAUUCUGUUUAUGGUCAGAGGAUUUCAUGGUGAAGUGCUUAAGUGUAUGCAAUAAACCUGACUUGAAUGAUUCCUUUGAUUUGUUGUUUUUCCUUUGCAGGAAUACAGAGUCUCCAAUUUUGAGCAAAGACUCAUGAGUGAGAUUGAGUUUCGUUUGGAGCGAACGCCAGUGGAAGAGUCCGACGAGGAGGUUCAGCAUGAUGACAUCCCUACAGGAAAAUGCAUUGCACCCAUAUUUGAGAAGAAACUAAAGAACUAUAGAGCCAUGGAGGGUGUGCCUGUCACCUUCUCAUGUAAAAUAGUUGGCAUCCCUCUCCCAAAGGUAGGUGAUCAAUAACUGCUCUGACUGACAUCUUCAUCCUUCACACCUACUCUUCACCAACACCUCUCUCAUCAGGUUUACUGGUUUAAGGAUGGCAUGCAGAUCUUGAGGAAGAACAUUCACUACAGGAAGAUAAGAGAGGGGGAUGGAACCUGUGCUUUACAUAUCGAGUCCACAACCAAUGAUGACGAUGGUAACUACACUGUCAUGGCAGCUAAUCCACAGGUGGGUUUUUACAUUCAGCUCUCCUUUGAUGUCUCUUUUCUGCCUGUGAGAUCUGACUCUCUUUUUUAUAUUGAAUGAACAUCAGGGUCGAAUCAGCUGCUCAGGUCAUUUGAUUGUACAAACGGGACCUCCCAGAACCCGAAUGGCACUUGCUCAAACUCGAAGGUGAGAUCUCACUGCACAGCAUGUUGCUCAGUCAGCCUUUGUGCACAUUGGCGGGACUAGUAUCUCAAAGAAGCCCCCUGUUGUGUCAGGGGUUAAACAGUUACUGAUAACCUUUAUGGACAACAAUGGAAUGAUCUUCAUCUAUCUAUCCUAAAUCAAACAUUUAGCCUGGACCAGCCUGGAUUAUUUUUAGCACAUCAUAAUCCGCUCACCUCAUGUAUUUAAGGGUGCAGGUUCGAGUACAGGAGGUUGAAAGUGAGCAAACACAAGAGCGCUUUUUUCGACCUCACUUCCUCCAGGCCCCAGGUGACAUGCUCGCUCACGAGGGAAAAGUGUGCAGACUUGACUGCAAGGUCAGUGGACACCAACUUUACAAUCAUUAAACUCAGCUGUUGCCAAACUUAACUUCUUCUCAUCUUUCCUUUACUUGUCCUCCAGGUAAGUGGCCUACCAAACCCAGAACUGAUGUGGCUGGUCAACGGGAGGCCGAUCUAUCCAGACCAUCACCACAAGAUGCUGGUGCGGGAGAAUGGCAUCCAUUCUCUGGUCAUCGAUCCACUGACACAAAAUGACAGCGGCUCAUACACCUGCAUUGCAAGCAACAAAGCAGGGCAAAGCUCCUUCAGUCUGGAGCUGAAAGUAAUAGGUGAGGACUGGAUUCAAACAUUGACUUUGCUCUUUGGUGGUAAAAAGUAUUGAUCAUCAUUUUUGGAUCGAUAAUGUGAUGUCUACUGUAGAGAGAGAGAUGAAGCACCCUCCAGAGUUUGUGGAGAAGCUGCAGAACAUGGGUAUCCCAGAGGGAACCCCAGUCAGGCUUGAGUGCUGGGUGGUUGGUAUGCCCCCUCCAGUCAUCUUCUGGAAGAAGGACAAUGACACCAUUUCUAACACUAAGGACAGAAUAAGGCAGGAAGCAAUUCUUAUUUUCCCAUUAACAUGUUUGAGUAACAUGCAAUCUGAAGGUUAAAAAAAUCUGUCCAAUUUUAAUCACGAUUCUAGAAUUCUUUAUUAUCUUCUUUUUCAGCAUGACCCAGGAUGCAUCAGGAUAUGUAUGUCUUCUCAUACAACCCACAACAAAAGAGGAUGCUGGCUGGUACACAGUGUCGGCUAAAAACGAGGCUGGAAUUGUGUCCUGCACCUGCAGGCUUGAUAUCUAUGGUAAAUGUGCCAUAAAGUAUUUUUAACUCUCUUUAUCCUUAUUAUGAAUGUACCAAUUUCAGCUGAUAACAAUGGCUGCCUGCUGCAUCUUUAGCACAGUGGCAUCAGAGUGUCUCCACACCCAUUACCAAGUCUGCACGUGCUGGUAGCCGCUACGCAGCCUUAACAGGUCAGGGGAUUGACAUCAAGUCAGCCUUCCCAACAUCAGAGGCCAGCCCCAUCCUCUUCGCCACAUCUCCUCCGGAGGUUUACACGGAGAGUGAGGAGCUCUGA